CACACCCAGAGUCAAGUGUAUUCAUUUAAUUUUCAAGAGUGAACUGGUUCAGCAGGUCAGACUCAAUUAUUACCUUGACGAGCAGAAGGAAGGAAAGUGAGCAGGUGAGUGUGAACACACACACACACACACACACACACACACACACACACACACACACACACACACACACACACACACAAACACACACACACACACAGUCACACCCAGAGUCAUGUGAUUUCCAGUACCUGCAGAGAGGGGGAGGAGCCUCCAGUGAAAGUGUUCAGACUGGUUCUAACUUCAAGGAGCAGACGGAGGAGACGUGAAGUCUGAGGCUGAAUGAAGAUGAGUGUUUAUGAUGAGGAAGAGGACAGAGCAGAGUCUCCAGGGUUCAGCUGUCUGUCUCUGAAGAGUGACAUGUCCAAAGGUCUUCCUCUAGUCUUCAGUAAUGAACCUGGACCCUCAACCACAAAAGGUCAGGACCACAGACUGAGAGCAGAGUCUCCAGGGUCCAGAUGUCUGUCUCUGAAGAGUGACUGGUCCAUGAGAGUUCCUCUAAACUUCAGUAAUGAACCUGGACCCUCACACACAGAAGGUCAGGACCACAGACUGAGAGCAGAGUCUCCAGGGUCCAGCUGUCUGUCUCUGAAGAGUGACUGGUCCAUGUUUGAGCCUCUGAACUUCAGUAAAGAACCUGGACCCUCACACACAGAGGAGAGGAAGAGGAGUCAUGUUUCUGAGGAGGAGCAGUCGUCCUGCUGUGCUUCGUGUCAGGACGUCCUGAAGGAUCCAGUCUCCACCAGCUGUGGACACUGGUUCUGCAGACAGUGCAUCACCUCAUACUGGGACCAGUCUGGUUCUUCAGGAGACUCCUCCUGUCCCCAGUGUGGACAAAGAUCCAGAACAGGAGCUGGAGCAGAUCGUGGUCUGCAGGAGGUUUCAGAUGAACAUAAGCUCAGUGUGAGGAGGAGAUGUGAACAUGUGACUGAAGGAAGUGAUGCAACAGGAAGUAGAACCCUCCUCAACAGGAUCUACACUGAGCUCUACAUCACAGAGGGACAGAGUGAAGAGGUUAAUACUCAACAUGAGGUGAGGCAGCUUGAGAAGGCUUCCAAGAUGAAGAUCCUCCAGGACACUCCCAUCAAGGUCCACGACAUCUUUAAAGCCUCCACUGACCAGCAGAGCAGCAUCAGAGUCGUCCUGACCAACGGCGUCGCUGGCGUUGGAAAAACCUUCUCGGUGCAGAAGUUCACUCUGGACUGGGCAGAGGGUUUAGAGAACCAGGAUGUGGGUCUGCUGGCUGUGCUUUCGUUCAGGGAGCUGAACCUGGUGAAGGACCAGCAGCACAGUCUUCUCACGCUGCUCCAUGUUUUCCAUCCAGCGUUACAGAAGCUCACUGCAGAGACGCUCGCUGUCUGUAAACCUUUGUUCAUCUUUGACGGCCUGGAUGAAAGCAGACCUUCUCUGGACUUCAACCACAGGGAGCUUGUGUCUGAGGUCACACAGAGGUCAUCAGUCAACGUGCUGCUGACAAACCUCAUCCGGGGGAAUCUGCUUCCCUCGGCUCUCGUCUGGAUAACCUCCAGACCUGCGGCGGCCAAUCAGAUCCCUCCUGCAUGUGUUGACAGGGUCACAGAAGUACGAGGCUUCACUGAGGCCCACAAGGAGGAGUACUUCAGGAGGAGGUUCAGUGAUGAAGAGCUGUGCAGCAGAAUCAUCUCACACAUCAAGACGUCCAGGAGCCUCCACAUCAUGUGUCAAAUCCCAGUCUUCUGCUGGAUCAGUGCUACAGUUCUGGAGCACAUGUUGACCACAGACCAGAGAGGAGAGCUGCCCAAGACCCUGACUGACCUGUACUCACACUUCCUGCUGGUUCAGACAAAGAGGAAGAACAACAAGUACGGUGAGGGACAUGAGACGACUCCACAGCAGCUGACGGAGGCUGACAGGGACGUUCUCCUGAAGCUGGGGAGGCUGGCACUUAAACAUCUGGAGGAAGGAAACAUCAUGUUCUACCAAGAAGACCUGGAGCAGUGUGGUCUUAAUGUCACAGAGGCCUCGGUGUACUCAGGAGUUUGUACUGAGAUCUUCAGAAGAGAGUGUGUGAUCUUCCAGAAAUCAGUCUACUGCUUUGUUCAUCUGAGCGUUCAGGAGUUUCUGGCUGCAGUCUACAUGUUCCACUGUUACACCGAGAGGAACACAGAAGAACUUAACAACUUAUUGGGAACAUAUGGGAACAGAGACAGAACCUUUUCCCUGGAUGACCUCCUGAAGAGAACCAUGGAGAAAUCCCUCACCAGUAGAAAUGGUCAUCUGGACCUGUUUGUUCGCUUCCUUCACGGCCUCAGUCUGGAGUCCAACCAGAGAGUCUUAGGAGGCCUGCUAGGUCAGAGAGAGAACAAUCCAAAGUUCAUCCAGAGAGUCUUAGGAGGCCUGCUGGGUCGGAGAGAGAACAAUCCAGAGAUCAUCCAGAGAAUCAUCUACAACCUGAAGAAGAUGAAGAGUGAUGACAUUUCUCCUGACAGAAGCAUCAACAUCUUCCACUGUCUGACUGAGAUGAACGACCACUCAGUUCAUCAGCAGAUGAAACAGUUCCUGACGUCAGAGAACAGAUCAAAGGAGAAACUCUCUGAGAUCCACUGCUCAGCUCUGGCCUACAUGCUGCAGAUGUCAGAGGAGGUUCUGGAUGAGUUGAACCUGAGGGAGUUCAACACAACAGACCAGGGUCGACUGAGACUGAUCCCAGCUGUGAGGAACUGCAGGAAGGCUCUACUCUAUGGUUGUGGACUCUCAAAGACUCACUGGGAAGUCGUGGCCUCAGCUCUGAAGUCAGACCCCUCACAUCUGAGAGAACUGGAUCUGAGUAGAAACAAGCUGCAGGAUUCAGGAGUGAAGCUGCUGUGUUCUGGACUGGAGAGUCCAAACUGUCGACUGGAGACUCUGAGGUUGUGGAGCUGCAGUCUGUCAGAGAUCAGCUGUUCUUCUCUAGCUUCAGCUCUGAGGUCAAACCCCUCUCAUCUGAGAGAACUGGAUCUGAGUAUCAACUACCUGAAGGACUCAGCAGUGAAGGAGCUGUGUGGUUUUCUACAGAGUCCAACCUGUCGACUGGAGACUCUGAGACUCUGUGGUUGUCGACUCUCAGAGACUCACUGUGAAGUCGUGGCCUCAGCUCUGAAGUCAGACCCCUCACAUCUGAGAGAACUGGAUCUGAGUCACAACAAGCUGCAGGAUUCAGGAGUGAAGCUGCUGUGUUCUGGACUGGAGAGUCCAAACUGUCGACUGGAGACUCUGAGGUUGUGGAGCUGCAGUCUGUCAGAGAUCAGCUGUUGUUCUCUGGCUUCAGCUCUGAGGUCAAACCCCUCUCAUCUGAGAGAACUGGAUCUGAGUCACAACUACCUGAAGGACUCAGGAGUGAAGGAGCUGUGUGGUUUUCUACAGAGUCCAACCUGUCGACUGGAGACUCUGAGACUCGGUGGUUGUGGACUCUCAGAGACUCACUGUGAAGUCGUGGCCUCAGCUCUGAAGUCAGACCCCUCACAUCUGAGAGAACUGGAUCUGAGUCACAACAAGCUGCAGGAUUCAGGAGUGAAGCUGCUGUGUUCUGGACUGGAGAGUCCAAACUGUCGACUGGAGACUCUGAGGUUUGUGGACUGCAGUCUGUCAGAGAUCAGCUGUUGUUCUCUGGCUUCAGCUCUGAGGUCAAACCCCUCUCAUCUGAGAGAACUGGAUCUGAGUCACAACGACCUGCAGGACUCAGCAGUGAAGGAGCUGUGUGGUUUUCUACAGAGUCCAACCUGUCGACUGGAGACUCUGAGACUUGGUCAUUGUGAACUCUCAGAGACUCACUGUGAAGUCGUGGCCUCAGCUCUGAAGUCAGACCCCUCACAUCUGAGAGAACUGGAUCUGAGCUCCAACAAGCUGCAGGAUUCAGGAGUGAAGCUGCUGUGUUCUGGACUGGAGAGUCCAAACUGUCGACUGGAGACUCUGAGGUUGUUGAACUGCAGUCUGACAGAGAUCAGCUGUUGUUCUCUGGCUUCAGCUCUGAGGUCAAACCCCUCUCAUCUGAGAGAACUGGAUCUGAGCUACAACAACCUGAAGAUCUCAGCAGUGAAGGAGCUUCUUGAUCUACAGCAGAGUCCAACCUGUCGACUGGAGACUCUGUGGUGGAGGUCUUAGUGGAGCUGAGUGUGAAGAGGACAGUGUGAAGAGGACAGUGUGAAGAGGACAGUGUGUGUGGACGGAGGCUGAGCUGUGUCCUGAGGAUCCAGAGGCUGAAGCAGCAGCAGUGUGUGUGUUGUCUCCAAUCUACACAACCCCUAAUCUGCAUGUGUUUGUGAGAUGAAGCCGGAGCACCUGGAGAAAACACGGGGAGAACAUGCAGACUCCACACAGGAAGACCCCAUCUGAACCGGAUUCAAACCAGCAACCUUCCUGCCCCGAUUGUGUUUAUUCACAUGAAGAAUGUGUUUAUUGAAAUGACACAACACAAGCAGAAUAUAUAAACCCUCUAUAAAGAGUCACAUACAGUGUGUUUAAGUUUGUCUUUAUUAUUGUCCACCUUUGUCCCUCAGUGUGUCUCCAUGUGUGUAGAACCACAUUCUGUGUAUAUGAUUGUUUAUGAUCUUAAAGUUCCUGGAUUCACGUCACAAAUUUAUUAAGUUCAACACAAAGUUCAACACAUUGAAAUCACUUUGAGUUUAAAAUCAGAGUUUUGUCUUUGACACAAAAGAUCAAAGCUCUGAACUUAAAAAUGGGACGUUUUCAUUUCUGCAUCAGGUGCAGAGCGGUGGUGGCUUUUCUACUUUUGACCCACAGGUGGCGCUGCAGUAUAACAGCAGCACAUCCCAGUCAAAGCCUUUAUAUUCAGUCUAUGAGUCAAACACAUGGAUCAUUUCCUCUGUGACAAACCAGAUGUAACGAGAAGAAAAACAUCUCAGAGAGAAAAGUUCUGUUUCUACUUGUCUCUGCUUUAAUGCUCAAUAAACAUCCUUCCACCGA